AAGUUCAAAAUAAAAAUCAAUAAAUAAAUAAAAUGAAAAAGUUAAAAAUAUAUAACAUUGUGAGUGUAAUAUAUAUAAACUGAAUACAGACAGCAGCAAGCAGCAAGCAGCAAGCAGCGAUAUAUACAUUAUAAAAUAUAUAAUAAUAACAAAAGUAAUUGGUCUUACCAAAAUGGUCGUUGUACUAACCAAGACCAAAAGGUGCGGUUAUAAAAUAAUUAAAUUACACAUAAAUAAUCAAUAUCCGCAUUGCUUAAUAUAUUAAACAAUACUAUUUGAACAUUACCAAGUGUUUUAAUUAUUUUUUUUAGCGACAAUUAAUACCUUUUAUUGGAAUAAAAUAAAUAUGUAUGACAGCUGACAAAUGUUUACUCAUCAUUGAUAAUUGUUCAUUUAAAUAUAUCUUAAAUUGUUGAAUUUUUCGUACAUCGGUAUAAAUAUUAAUUAUUGAAUUUUGUGAAACAAUAACCGUAAAAUUGUUUAAAAAUUCUUUAAACAUUGACAUAAUAAGGGCAAUGGAUAAAUUAAAAGAACAGGGAUGGUAUUUAUCCGACCAAGGAUUUAAGUUAGUAAGCAAUGUUGGAGCAAUAAAUGAUUUAUCAUUGUUGAUAAAACGUGCUGUUGAUUUGGAUCUGCGUGAGAUAGCAAGUGGAGAAGGUGAUUUUACAAAAGGUAAUUUGGUUUUACAAAUAUUAAAACUACGAAAUGUUGCUGUACCAAAAAAUAAAGAAGCAAAUUCAAUGCCACGUAUGCUAAAGUUGUACUUAACAGAUGGUAAAAAUAAUUAUCAGGCUGUAGAGUAUGAUGAUAUUAAAGAUAUAAAUAUCAAUACACCACCGGGAACUAAAAUACUAAUCAGUUGUAAAUCAGGUGGAAUAUUGAUAGUACACGGGAUUAUAAUUUUAAAAUCAAGUCAUGUUAAGAGUGUACUGGGUGGUAGAGUCCAGAAUCUUAUGGAAAAAUGGGAAUUGAAUAAAAAAUUGACAUCAUACACACGUGUAAGGUCUGUUGAAGAGGGUGGACCUCCUCCUUGGAUACCAUUUGGUCAGCAGAUAAUAAAAGUCACUGACAAAGAUAAAAAAUUCAAGUCUUUGGCAGCAGACACCAAAGACGGUGGUAUCAGUAAAGAUAACAGUGAAUUUGAAGCCCAGAGGCAAGAUGCUAUUGCUGAAGCCUCCAAACAAGGAAGUAAAAAAGUAUUUGGAGGUGGUAAUAAACAAUUACUUGAUCAUUCUGUUCAGAAAAUUGUUGAUCAAGGGUUUACAAUAGAUCAAGCUGAGUAUGCUUUAAAAAUAAAUCGUAAUAAUGUUGAUCGUGCAUUGAAAUCACUUAUUAAAAAUGAUCCAAACAAUAAGCAGACUCGAGAGCCACGUGAACCCAGAGAACCAAGAGAACCAAGAGGUAAACGUUCUGAUAAGAAGAAUGAAGAAGCUAAACCUAGCAGUGGAAAAAUAUCAUUGUUUGAUUUUCUUGAAGACAAAUUACCAACUCAGUCCUCUACUGAACAAACAGAUAGUUAUAAUAAUGUUAAUAAUAAUAAUAAUAAUAAUAAUAGUAGUAAUUAUUAUGGUAAUUCUAGAUUUGAAAAUGAACGACAUAGUCGUCAUAAUAAUAAUAAUAAUAAUAAUAAUAAUAAUAAUAAUAAUAAUAAAAGUGAAGACAUGCCACAUAAUUCUCAAUUUAGUAAUAGAGGUGGUAAAAGUCAAAAAGGUGGACGUACUGGUUAUCAAACAUCAUCACGAAAUAAUACUGAUAACAAUAAACCAUACAAAAAAAAUAAUGAUAAUAUUUAUAACAAUACAUUGACUUAUGGAAUGUCAAAUAUGUCAGUUAAUUCAUCAUCUUUAUUAUUAUCAUCAUCUCAUCAAAAUAAACCUCCGAGAUUUCAAAAUCAGGCUCAGGCAAAACAUCAAGAUUUUAAUUAUCAACAAACUACUGAUAAUAGUAAUGUUAAAAAAUUAUUUGAUCGUAAUAAUCCGUCAAUACAAAAUAAAAAUGACUACUCUAAUUAUACUGGAAUAAAUAAUGAAUCACCAUUUAAAAAAAAUCAUCAAAAGAAUCAAAUUGAUAAUCGUUAUGCUCAGUAUGAUAUUGAUCCCAAUAAACAGAGUUAUAAUAAUACUCUAUUUAAUAAACAACAUAAUGCUAAAACUUUUACAGAAUCAAAUCCCAAAACAUUUAGCUCAAAUACAUACGAAAAUAAUUACAAUAAAAAUGAAUUAAACAAGUAUCAACAAAAUGAUUUUGUUAAUUUAAACGAUUCUAAUUUUCAUUCAAAUCAAUCUGAUUAUAAAAAUAAUUACGGCAAUGAUUACAAUAAAUUUAAUAAUAGUAGUAAUAGUAAUAUUAAUUAUUCAAAUGGUACAUGGGCUUGGAAGAAAGGCGAUCAAUGUAUGGCCAAAUAUUGGGAAGACAAUAAAUACUACAACGCCGAAGUAACAGCUGUUUCAUCUCGUACCUGCGUUGUACAGUUUAAGGAAUUUAAAAAUUACGAGGAGGUAUUACAAAUUGAUUGUAUACCUAUUACUGAAGACAUUUCACAGAGCUUUGUACCACCAGAAAUUGAUAGCCGACGAAGUGGUCGUCCCCCCCGUUAUGAUCAGCAUAAUCAGCAUAAUCAGCAUAAUCAGCAUAAAAAUUCUGGAAUCGAAUUCAAACGUGGUGGUGGUGGAGGUGGUGCUUCUUCUAUAGGUGCUGGAGGAUCUAAUCGUGGACAUAAUAAAAAACGUACACAGCAACGAACUGCUCAGCCAAUUUACCAACCUCCAGCUCAGCGUAGAUAAUUAUAGUGUCGGAGAAAAAGUUCAACUUUUCUAUUUUCUAUAAUUCACGGUGCGACAGAAUUGAUUAUUGUUUUUUUAAACAAUGGUUGUACCCAGAUCUGAAUUAAAGUCGAUCGAUUGAGUCCAUUAAGAGAUGUGUUGUAGACUAUACUUAAAAACUCUUUAUAUUAUUUAUUAUUAUAUAUACUUAAAUUGUGAAUAGAUUUAAAUAUAUGUACAUAAAUAAUUGCCAGUGAGAUUGUAUGGAUCUAUUUAAUUAUAAAAUUUACUCUUAACUUUAUUAGUAGUAAAUAUACGGAUAUAUAUACUUUUUAUUUAAAAAAUUUGUUGUCAU